AUGGAUCUUUCAGGCAACCUGAAAGCCACCAUUAAAGCACAGGUCAUAAAGAGCUUGCAGGGCCUGUUCGACCUGGUCCAGACGCUCGACGGUCGACUUAAAGAGCAGGCCACCUCUAAGCUGUCCCCUUCUCCAGCAUCUCCAGCAUCAUCAUCAGAGGUCAACCUAAGACGCAUAGAAGACUUGACAAAGGUCCAUUCGGAGCUUCGCGAUGACCUGAGACGGGCAAAAUUAGCAACGUACGCAAAAGUUACUAAAGUUACAAAAGUACGGACAAACAUAAACUCGCCAUCCAAGCCGAGCCACACAAUUAUAGUAACCUCCACGGAGGAAAAAGACACCAGCGAAGAUGUACUGGAAAAAAUUAGAAAAACAGUAGUCGCAAAAGACGGCGACGUAAAAAUUGACAAAAUAAGGAAAGCUAAAAGCAGUAAAGUGGUAAUAAGCUGCGACUCAGAAGAAAAUAUCCAGAAAGUAGUGGCCAGGAUAGGAUCUAACAAAGAACUCCAAGCGCAAAAAGCCACCAAUAAAGACCCGUUACUGAUGGUGAGGGAUCUUCUAGCCUACAAUACGGACGACGAUAUCACCGCGGCUAUAAACCGUCAAAAUAGCCAACUCGUUGGAGAUAUUCCAGAAAGCGAGUACAGAGUCCUUUUAAUAGGAGGCGACGUCAAUGCACGGAGGACAUGGUAG